AUGGGCCAGAGAGUGUCUUUCUUGGCCAUCGUAUGUUUAGCACACAGAGCAUUAUUUGCAAGCGGCUCAUGGACAGACAAGCUCAAUCAUGGCAGUGUGCAAGGGUUCCCAAGCUAUGAGGAGGCCAACGAGCUUCUCGAGCAGUUCCUGCGCUCCAACCCGAACGAGCUUGAGAAGCGGCAGAUCGGAACGAGCUUCCAGAGUCGGCCGAUUUAUGCAUACGUUUUGGCCACCCCAGCUGGGAGGCAAAACAAGCCCCAAGCACUGCUGACAGCUCUCAUGCAUGCUCGCGAGCCAGCUGGCUUGACUGUCCUGCUGUACUUCCUCGGUCAUUUGCUGGAGAAGUAUAGCCGUGGUGAUCCUGAUGCCACUUACCUUCUGAACAUGCGCGAAAUCUGGUUCCUGCCCUUUGUCAACCCUGACGGCUACGUUGCUAACAAGGGUUUACGCAACAAGGUGAUUCGGAAGAACCGGCGACCGACGUGCAGGUCAUCGGUCGAUGGCGGUGUCGACAUUAACAGGAACUUUGCCGUGCAUUGGUCCAGCAGCUUUGGUGGAUGCAGCGAAGAGCAUGGUGGAUCGCAACCUUUCUCCGAGCCUGAGACGCAAGCCUUCAAAAAAAUCUGCGAGGAGAACGCGUUCAAGACAGCCAUGAACUUCCAUGCCUAUGGAAGCAUGCUGACACACCCGUUCAACUGGGCAACCCAGGACCUCAUGCCUGCAGAAGACAAGAAGGUGUACCAGGAGAUCGCUCGGGUCUUCGGUUACAAGAAGUUCGGGCCCGCGAUUAAGACCGUAGGCUACACCACUUCCGGGGAGUCCGACGAUUGGAUGUACUCAGCGAGGCAUAUAAUAUCGAUGUCUCCAGAGGUGGGGCCUGAAAGUGGGGGUUUCUGGCCUCCAUCAUCUCAGAUCGACGGCAUUGAUACCCGCAACUUCGACCGUGCUUUGUACGUGGUCGGCAAGGCUGGCAUGGAGUUGGGCACUGAAUGGGUUCAGCAGCCACUUCCGCCAUCAGGUGCCGACCUUUCUGCUCUUGCAGGAGGCCCUCCACACCAGCUCCUAACGCUCAGGAUCACCAAUCGUGGCCUGACCGGCAGCCAUGGGAAGGUGCUGCGCAUCGCUGUGCGCGGGGUCGUAACUGACGGUGCAGCUUCAGGUGAUGCAGUCGGCAUGCUCGUGUCAAGGGGUGCGGAGGAUGAGACACGCGAGAUGUUAACGGCUGACCACGGGAUCCUCGCCUGGAAGGCCAAUGCCAUUCCGAGCCGAUCCUCCCAGGAGUUUCGCAUGUACAUUUCCAGGUCCAGGGAGCCAGAGGGCCAAAGAAGAUUGCAGACUUGCGUGGCGGAGGCAUCGGGGACAUCAGCUUGUCAGUGCACUGAGCUGGUAGAGUUUCCUGGCUCUCAGAUCUCCAAGCAGUCGUCUCGACACUUGUUUGCGUUGCCGGCUGACAGGGAGGCAUCUGGCGACAGCAUGAGCUUGCUCUGUGCUGCUGCUACCUCUCCCGCUGUAGCGGAUCCAAACUCGAAGCAAGUUUCUCCAGUGGCAGCCACACCUUCAUCAGCAUCGGCAACGAGGAUGCCGACGACGACAGCCUUCCCGACGGCCUCUCACACUUCAGAAAGGCAGUCGGUGCACGAUCUCAAUUUGGCUGGCCUGGCAUCUACACUCUCUCUGACUUCGAUUCCUUCGCAAGGCAAACCGAGCCUGGUGGAUGAGGACUCGGAAUCGGCGACUUGGAUACUCCUGGCCUUGGGUGCCACCCUUGUGGCCAUGUGUAUUUGUAUGGCUUUGCAGCCCUUUGUCACGCAGCGACGCGUUGCCAAGCGUGCACCAUCUGCUGUCGACUAUGAGCAAAUCCCAAGUUUGCAGGCUCAUCGACCAGACGAGGCAUGCUUGCAGCAGCUGCGGAGCUCGAGCCAUGCCAAAAGGCAAGGUCAAGUCGGAAUGAGUAAUGAGCGCAGGAGAUAUGCAGCGAACAGCCAUGGCAAGCUCUGUGGAUUCGGGCUUCUGGCCUUUGGCACCUGCAUACAACUAAGCUUCGUGCCGCUGAUAGGGAAGAAGCCACACUUCGUAGUACCAGUAGCCACAUCUGUGAUUCCACUGCCAGCGCUGGCAGACUUUGAAGCACCAAAUCUCGGCUUGGCGCUUUCAGUCGUGAUCGUUUUAGGUGGUGCAGCCACUGCACUCUCCUGGGUUGCCAGCCUGAAACCGCGAAAGACAGUUGAUGGACAGCCUCGCUCCACUUCCCUCUAUCGUGUCUUUCAGGCAAGGAUGAGGGCAGGUGAGUUUGCCACAUUAUCCAAGCCUGAAGAUGACGACGUGGAAAGCAAAGGUGCUUCUGAGCUGGGCACCGAGGAACUCGAUGCGCUUGUCGAUGCUUACGUGGAAGGGCUUGAAGAUGAUGACGGCCAGGAUGUCUCCUUGAGCAAGGAAGGCAAAGAGUCCAAGUCGAACAAGUCCUAG